AGCUAAUUAGGUUAGAUUGUUCUCUCAUUUCUUUUCCAUCUCAUCCUAUGAGAAGGCAAACAAGAGAAGGAAAAAAGAUAGAAGAGAGGGGGGAAGAAUACGGCGCUCCGCUCCUAUCUAUCUCUCUCUGUGUUCCACAAGGAAAAUAGGUGGUCCAUCUCUCGCCGCAACGCUUGGAUUUCAGGGAUUCGUUCCAGUCUGAGAGCAAUACCUUAAUGAGGGCGGAGGAAAUGUCAGCGCAAACCAAAAGAUCUUGAUUGUUGGAGCAGGCUUGUUGGAUUGCAUCUUCUUGGUCCUAAAUUGUUGAGUUUGGUGCGACAGUUGCCAGUGUCGCAAAGAAGAAGAUGACAGAUGACAUCGAGGCCAAAGUCCCAUCUGCCAUGCAGAAGACCACCUUCACAGUGUUGGGCAUCUGCUGUGGUUCAGAGGCAGCACUAGUACAAAAGAUAUUGAAUCCUCUUGAAGGAAUUGAGAAUAUCUCAGUCAAUGUCUUGGCGAAAACUACAACUGUAAUCCAUGAUCCAUCUAAAAUUUCAGCUUCUCAGAUUGUCAAUGCUCUUAACAAGGCUAAGCUGAAAGCUGGAAUCCGGGAGCUUGGGCAAGUCAAGACCAGAAAGCAAUCACGGCCAAAUGCAAACGUAAUAGCCUCAGGAGUGCUUCUCCUUGUGGCCAUGUUCAGCUACAUCUACCAACCACUGGUAUGGGUUUCACUGGCAUCGAUUGCUAUCGGAAUUCUGGACAUGCUGCGGCGCUGCAUAGCUGCUCUAGGCCGCUGUGUGUUAGAUAUUAAUGUCCUCAUGGUGAUUGCAGUGUUUGGUGCUGUCGGGCUUGGCAAUUACCUGGAGGGAGCCUCAGUCGUUUUUCUCUUCACAUUAGCACAGUGGCUGGAAGCAAAGUCAAGUGACAAGGCCCAAGCUUCAUUGGAGUCACUAAUGAAUUUGGCACCCCGUACGGCAGUUAUUGCAGAGACAGGCGAGACGGUCGAUGUGAAAGAUAUUACAAUCAAUACACUUGUUUCAGUCAAAGCAGGAGAACGUGUGCCUGUUGAUGGGCUUGUGGUGACUGGAGGAAGCACCAUAGAUGAAAGUAGUUUGACUGGAGAGUUCAUGCCAGUGGAUAAGGAGGUUGGUUCAAAGGUAUGGGCUGGGUCAGUAGUCCUAACAGGGUUCAUUAAUGUGGCAACAAAGGCAUUGGAAGAGGACUCUGCUGUUGCUAGAAUGGUGAAGCUCGUGGAGGAUGCUCAGAGUCGACGUUCAAACAUAGAGGAGUUCAUAGAAAAGUUUGCCAAGUAUUAUACACCAGGUGUUGUGUUGAUAGCUGCAGGAAUUGCUGUAGUACCAUGGGCACUAAGUUUUCAAGAUAUUCGCCAUUGGAUCUAUUUAUCACUAGUCUUGCUUGUGGUUGCAUGCCCAUGUGCGCUGGUGAUCUCGACUCCAGUAGCCAAAGUGUGUGGCCUCUCUGCAGCUGCCAAGAUGGGUCUUAUUAUCAAGGGUGGGAAUCACUUGGAGGCUUUAGCAAAAAUAAAAGCACUAGCGUUUGAUAAAACUGGAACACUAACAGAAGGAUCCUUCAAGGUUGUGGACAUGCAAUUGGUGGAACAAAAGAUAGAUAUUAACCAGUUGUUAUACUGGAUUUCGAGUCUGGAAAAUCUGUCCGGCCACCCCAUAGCAAAAGCUCUAGUAGAAUAUGCAAGGUUCCGUGGUAUCCAACCUAGUAGAGAAGUGAAGGACUUCAAAAUGAUCUCAGGAGAAGGCAUUUCUGCUUAUGUAGACGAUUGCUUAAUCCAAAUCGGAAAUGCACAACUAGCCUUUCGCAAUGGAUGGCUAUCAGAGAGUAAGUUCUAUAUCGAUGAAGCAGGUAUAACAGUUGGAUACGUGGGGAUGGACAAUCACUUCAUUGGAUACUUUCGCCUUGGAGAUCAAGUUCGUGGAGAAGCUGCACAAGCUGUGCAUGAACUACAGAAACAACGGAUCCAAGUGACUAUUCUGACUGGUGACUCAAAAGCGGCAGCUGAACUCAUCCAGAAACAAAUUGGAGAAAAUAUAAAGGUAGAAGCCAGUUUGGCACCUGAAGAUAAGAUGAAAAAAAUUGCCGAGCUGAAAGAGAAGUGGGGUCUGACGGCGAUGGUCGGGGAUGGAAUCAACGAUGCACCGGCACUUGCAGCAAGUGAUAUUGGAAUAGCUAUGGGCGUUGCAGGAUCAGCUGUGGCGACUGAAACUGCAGAUGUUGCACUUAUGUCAAAUGAUCUACGGAAGAUACCUGAAGCUGUGAAGCUAGCAAGAGCUACUUUAAGGAAGAAUUACCAGAAUGUGGCUUUGUCCUUGGCUGUGAAACUGCUCUUCCUUGGUUUGGCAUUUGGAGGGAUGCCUUCUCUCUGGGCUGCCGUGGUGGCUGACAUGGGCACUUGUCUCGCGGUUAUCUUCAAUAGCAUGCUCUUACUGCGGAAGCAUAAGAAAGAAGGAAGCAUUGCUUUUGACAAAUCCUCAGAACAGCUGCAUGUCAGGGUUGAACCUGGGUUGGACUCUGAAUGCAGUAGAAACCUUCAGGAGAACUUGGAGGGGUUGCAUGAACCCUUGUUGCCACCAAAGGAAAGAGAAGAAAAGGAGGAGCGUCCGCGUUCAUGUUGCAAGGGUUGCCGUGGAGGAGCAAAUGGAGAAGAAGUUGAUUUUAGGUAAUGAAGAUGAAAGCAGUGAUGAAAGGAUAUAAAUCAGAAUUGUCUGAAUAAAUGUACAUAUUUAAAAGGACAUUGUUUUCUUCUUUUCUCAAAAGAAGAGGACAAUUCUCUAGGACUUCCAAACUUUCAGGCUUAAAACUGUAGUACAAAUAUUUUCUUCUUAUUGUUGUUUAAAUAUUAAUCUAUGUAUCAUGUACUAAAACAAAAUUAAAAUUGAUAUCCCAAAAUUAUU